UUCCGAAUCCGGCAAUUGCCAGUUUAACACGCUGGCACGUAGUAUUUCUCAGAGUGGCGUUCUCAGUUGGCGGGCGCUGCAGCCAUUCACUCAAAACGCGAAUCCGACAGGCCAGAUAAGUCGAGAUACGCCGAAAGAUUUCCCAGCCCAAGCCCAAGGUUUAUCUGCUGGCUGGCCUCGUCUCAUUUUCUGCCGCCAAGGUUAUUUCAAGGCCACACAUGGCUGGGGCACCAUAGAACCAUCUCCUCUUCCCUCGCCACACAUCUCCUCGCCCCCCCCUCCGCCGCCGCAUCGGAUCACGGCGGCUCAAAAUGUUGCUCUCGAGGGCAGCAUGGCUGCUCUUCUCCUUGGCACAACUGGCCUUCUGCGCUGAGGACUACUACAAGGUCCUCGGUAUCAGCAGGAAAGCAAGCGACAAGGAGAUCAAGUCGGCAUAUAGACAGCUGAGCAAAAAAUACCACCCUGACAAGAACCCGGGUGAUAACACGGCCAAGGACAAAUUCGUCGAGGUAUCGGAGGCGUACGAUGCGCUCAUCGACAAGGAGACACGACAGAUCUACGACCGACACGGCCAUGAAGGACUGAAGCAGCACAAGCAGCACGGCGGCGGCCACCACCACGACCCCUUCGACCUCUUCUCCCGCUUCUUUGGCGGCGGUGGCCACUUUGAGCCCGGGCAGCGCCGGGGCCCCAACGUCGAGGUCAAGAUCGGCAUCUCCCUGCGCGACUUCUACAACGGCCGCACCACCGAGUUCCAAUGGGAGCGCCAGCACAUCUGCGAGGAGUGCUCCGGGUCGGGCUCCGCCGAUGGCGUUGUUGAUACGUGCUCGACCUGCGGCGGCCACGGCGUCGUCAUCAAGCGCCACCAGCUCGCUCCCGGAAUGUUCCAGCAGGUGCAGAUGCACUGUGACGCUUGUGGCGGGCGCGGCAAGACCAUCAAGCACGUGUGCAAGGCCUGCGGUGGCAACCGCGUCCUGCGCAAGCCCACGACAGUCCAGCUCACUGUGCAGCGCGGCGCUGCCAGGGACUCGCAGGUCGUCUUCGAGAACGAGGCUGACGCGAGCCCUGACUAUGUUGCGGGUGAUCUGCUGGUCACCCUGGUUGAGAAGGCGCCAGACCUGGAGCAAGACAACCCGGACCGCGUCGAUGGCGUCUUCUUCCGCCGCAAGGGUGACGACCUGUUCUGGAAGGAGGUCAUCUCGCUGCGCGAGGCCUGGAUGGGCGACUGGACACGCAACAUCACGCACCUGGACGGCCAUAUCGUCAGGCUCAGUCGGAAGCGGGGCGAGGUCGUCCAGCCCGGCCACGUCGAGAAGAUCGCCAACGAGGGCAUGCCCAAGUGGCACGAAGAUAUCGACAGCGUUUAUCACCAGGUCGAGUUUGGGAACCUGUUCGUCCAAUACGUGGUCGUGCUGCCGGACCAGAUGGAGACGGGCAUGGAGAAGGAGUUUUGGUCCGUCUGGGAGAAGUGGCGAGGCAAGAACGGGGUCGAUCUGCACCGCGAUAGCGGCAGGCCGGACCCGCCGCAGGCGUCAGGGAGCCCUGCGCACGAGGAACUAUAGAGUGGACAACUGCUGUUUAGACGAUCUAAUAGACUUGUUUUUUCCCACCUGGAGC